CAGGGAAUGAAUUUAUUUGUUUUUUCUUACGUUAAACAUACAUUCCGAUGAUCUGUUUCACAAUUAGACAUGUAUCAUUUCAGCUUAUAUGAAUGCACUAACCAUCUAACCAAUCAGAAAGUAGAUUAUUGUUCUUACUGAGUUUAAUAUGUGAUUCGACUGUGUGAAAUACCUUAAGGGCGCAAUAUUUAAUCACUCACUUUAAUUCAAAUAAAGUAUUUUGUAUCGUUUGAUCAUUUGAGUAGUCUAUCACUGAAACAAAAUGUCUGAUCAAGAGAGUGAUGAUCAGAUUGACGAUCAGCCAACUGUACCAGAUCUAGAAUCACCUCAAAGAAAAUCAUAUAAUUCUUGUCAGAACUAUGGGAAUGCAUUAGUUUUUGGAAUAUUUCGAAAGAAGCGUUUUGAAAAAGAUCUCAAGCAAGUGUUGAACAUUGGUUACAGUAGAUACCUAACAAUCUUAAGUCUGAUAGUAUAUGGUUUAGCAUCUAUGUUGGAUGGAGGUAUUUACAUAUUUACUGGCAUUGUGAUAAACAAACUAACUGGACCUGGUGCAUUUAUUGCUUUCAUAUUGGCUGGUUUUGUUGCUUUACUAAACUCUUUGAACUAUUCAGAGUUGGCUUGUCGUAUUCCAAAGGAUAUCUCGUGCUAUACACACACUUAUACUAUCUUGGGUGAACUUCCUGCCUUCCUAAUUGGUUGGUCAAUGAUGCUGGAUAAUAUGUUGAGCAUGUCAGUUAUUAUACGUAGUUGGACCAGUAUCCUUGAUAUCCUCACUGGAAGUGCAAUAAAAGCUUGGAUUAUAGAAAAUAUUGGAAGACUAUCACCUCCAGAUGGAAUGCUCUCUGAACAUCCUGAUUUCAUCAGUGGUCUACUGAUUAUAAUCUUAUGCAUUGCUUCUUGUUUUAUACCGCAUCAAAACUUGAAGUUAAAUGCAGCUUCCAGCGUUUUAAAUGUUGGCAUAAUACUGGCAAUUUCUGUAUACAUGUUAUGCUAUGCUAAAGUAGAAUACUUGUACAUCACAUCUGCUGAUGACGCAAAAUAUAUUCAAAUGCAGAAUUCUAACAUCCUACCAUAUGGAAUUUUAGGCUUGAUAAGUGGAACAGCAGUUUGUUUCAAUGUUUUCAUUAGAUCACAUGGGGUAUCAGCACGUGCACAAGAAGCUAAAAAGCCUACUUACAGCUUACCUAUAGCAAAUAUUAUAACUGUGUUCAUUGUCGGGCUCAUAGCAAUUAUAGCUUCACUGGCACUAGCAAUGUACUACCCUUGGUUUUGGAUCUCAAAUGAAGGUUCAUUUUUAACUGCAUUGCGAGAAAACACUUAUGAUGGUGGGUCAAAAUAUACCCGAAUAGCAAUGUUCUACUUUUUUGGCAUCGCAUCUUUGAUUGGAUUAAUUACCAGUUUGUUAUCACCGAUGGUAUCUGGUCUGAAAAUUUGUCAUGCUAUGACACGAGAUGGUCUUUUCCCAAGUAUUUUUUCUACAACUUACAAGCCGUUCAAGAUACCUAUUUUUACUGCUGCAAUUUUCGCACUUGUGACAGGUGUGUUCAGCAUCAUAUUCAGUAUCGAUAGUUUGGCUGAUUUCUUAAGUUUAGGCACUUUAAUUGCCUAUAGUGUUAAUUCAGUCAGUAUCAUUUGUGUACGUUACAGGCAUCAAGCAGAUAAUCCACAGCUGACAAAUAAAUCUCAUCAAACCAAUGAAGGUGGUGAUGAAGUAGACUUGGUAACUACACAGAUGAAGUACUACAGAAAACGUGUUGGGAUGCCAGGAUUUAUAAAAUAUCGUUAUGGUUAUCAUUUGUCUGAUAAAGUGUUGAAAUGUAUCAACUCUGGUGUUCCUGGGGAUAUGAUUGUCUUUACCAUGGCUGUUUACAUCGUAGUGAGUGGCGCUUUCGCUAUGUGUUCAACUUAUGGACAGAAUUCUGAAGUUGCAAUGUCCCCAUGGAGGCUGAUUUUUACUAUGUUACUCAUUGUAAUACUUAUACUUUGCAUAAUGUGGAUUGCUGUUUUUGAACAAUACGGACCACCUGAUGAGGAUUUAUAUCGAGACGGAAUUGUUCGACCUCUGUUGGCUCAUUUGUGGAUGCUCCGAUAUUGCCUGAAUAUUUAUUAUAAUAAUUUACUUGGUUAUGGCUAGCAGAAGAAUCCAGAACGCCCGUUUCGUCCCAUUUGGGACUCAUCAGGCGGAUGUGCCCGCACCCCAGUGAACGACAUUGUUCCCAUUGUUCCCACCUGCAAUCGAGGUCAGACAAUUCGACCCAGUGAAACAAUGGAGAAUCACAAACAUAUCACAAAUAGUAAGAACUCACGAUAAUUAAUUUUACUACUUUAGAUUGAUUUAGGCUAAUACCAUCUGGGUGGGUAAACUUCAAUAUAGUGGUACAAUAAAUUGCUACCUUCUGAAACUCUUCAAAAUUUCUGAGGUAUAGAUCGAUUGAGUAAUCGUAGUUUCUUUGAUAAAUGUUAACUAUGACAUUAAAAACAUGAAAUUCAGCUAAGAAGAUUUUUUUCAAAGAAUUUACCCUCAAUUUGUUUAUGUAUAUAAUAUUUGAAGACUAAAGUUCAUCAGGAAAUUUAAAUCUGAAUAAUUGGAGUUGAGACUAACAGUGGUGAUUGUUACAAUUAAAAAGUGGUUGUUGGUUGACGAUACAUAAGUUGAGUGUUUAGAAAAAAAUGGUCUUGCUAGAGCUUUGGGUUGAUCAUGGGGUGCAUACACAGAUUACAAACUGAUUGAAAACAUGAUAGAGUUAACAAAGAAACAAAGGACUGGGUAACAUGAAUGAGACAAGUUAGUCGAGCUAAGAUGAAAAAUGUUUUAUUAAAAUUUGGAAUUAUUGAAAAGAUUAAGUAAAAUAACCACGGAAACUGUCAAAUCCAAAAUUGUUACUUAUAAAGGUAUUAAAAGAGUGCCAAGAAUGAUCUAACAAAAUGGGAAAUCGACAAAACAAAACAAAGACAAAGACAAAGAUUGUACAUACUUCUUUGGCGUGGAGAUGUCAGCCUUCAGUAAAUGAAUAUCCAAAGCCUCCUCUGUUCUCAUAAUUUGAAAAAGAAAAUGUCAGGUAUUUAAGCGGACUUGCUGGACAAGUACAAAAUCAAUGUUUGAGUCAGUUGAAUGGCUGAAAUCAAGGUGUUAGAGGAUAAAGCUUCUAAAGUAUUUUCUUUCAUCCUUUUGAAAGCCACCAUUUAAAUUUUCUCAUGGAUUUCAGUCUUUAGACAAGAUGCACAUGUGAAAGUACAGCUUGAGAAAAAAAAUUCGUUGGACAUGGUUCUCACUGGUGGUUUUUUUUCGUUUUGUGCACCUGUAUUCAACAAACG